UUCUCUAAGUGUAUUCAGGAUGUUAUCUUAAGUUUUAGUGUUCUCCGGGAUGUGAUGCAUUACAGCACUGUUAGUACACACAGCAGGCAGAUGUUGGGUAGUGCUGUGUCUAGAGUUUCUAAAACUGCACCAGGAAACAGCAAAAGGUUCUGAAAACAGGUCUAAAUCACAACACUUAAUGCUCUGUGCCGCCGUGUUGUGUCGUCGCGGUCGGGGUGCUCUGUCAAAGAACGAGUUCACGAUUUGUAAAUACGACGGAGAUCACAUUUGCCACUUCCUGAUCGGAAGUAGGAAUAACAAGUCGGAAUACAAGCGCAGCAUAAGCCUCUACUGUCAAGUCAGUGUGUUAUCAUGUGAUACCCUUCCAGUGAUCCGCAUCAUUUUACCACACUGGCUAAAAUUCCCCCAAAAUGGGAUGGUUAACCGCAUCUUUCCUUCUAUCAAUGCUGCUGAUUGGAACCAGCAGAGCAAGAUAUGAACCGAACUGGGAGUCUAUUGACUCCAGACCACUGCCAGACUGGUAUGACCAGGCAAAGUUUGGCAUCUUCAUUCACUGGGGGGUCUUUUCUGUUCCCAGCUUCGGCAGCGAGUGGUUCUGGUGGUACUGGCAGAAGCAAAAACUAAAACCGUAUGUUGACUUUAUGCAGCAAAACUAUCCUCCAGAAUUCAAAUAUCAAGACUUUGCACCUCGCUUCACUGCUGAGUUCUUUGACGCUGAAGAAUGGACGGACAUCUUUGUCUCAUCUGGAGCAAAGUACAUCGUCCUGACAACUAAACACCAUGAGGGUUUCACCCUGUGGGGCUCAAAAAACUCCUGGAACUGGAAUGCAGUGGAUGUGGGACCAAAACGAGACUUGGUUGGUGAAGUGGUGAGUGCCCUCCGUGCCAACAGUGACUUACGUUUAGGACUGUACCACUCUCUCUUCGAGUGGUUUAAUCCACUCUAUGAAGAGGACGCCGCCAAUGUCUUCACAACAAACUACUUUCCUACCACUAAAACUCUGCCUGAGCUUUAUGAGCUCAUUGUCAAAUACAAACCAGAGAUACUGUGGUCUGAUGGGGAUGGAGAUGCUCCAGAUACGUACUGGAACAGCACAGGAUUCUUAGCCUGGCUCUAUAAUGACAGUCCUGUUCGAGAGACAGUGGUGACAAAUGAUCGUUGGGGCAGUGGUUCCAUCUGCACCCAUGGUGGAUAUUAUACUUGUGCUGACCGCUACCAGCCAGGACAUUUGCUCAAACACAAAUGGGAAAACUGCAUGACAAUCGACACAAAGUCAUGGGGCUACAGACGAAACGCUCCUCUCAGGGACUACCUCACCAUCGAGCAGCUUGUAGCGAAUUUAGUAGAGACCGUUUCCUGUGGAGGAAACCUGCUGAUGAACGUCGGUCCGACACACGAUGGACGGAUCGCUCCGGUCUUUGAGGAGCGUCUGAGGCAGAUGGGUCAGUGGCUGAAAGUCAAUGGAGAGGCCAUCUACAACACGACAGCAUGGCGGGCUCAGAACGACUCUGUCACUCCUAAUGUUUGGUACACCUGUAGACCACAGGAAUGGAGCAUCUAUGCUGUUUUACUAGAGUGGCCUGUUGAUGGAUCUGUGAUUCUGAGUGAACCUGUUGUUAUAGAAGGACUUGCUCAGGUGGCGCUCCUCGGUCACGGGUCUCUGCAGUGGGAGCCUAUAAAGCCCUACGGACUGCGGGUCUUCCUGCCCCACCUGUCCUUCAGACAGAUGCCAUGCCAGUGGGCCUGGACUCUGAAGCUGACAGGUGCCACUUAAAACCGAUCACAUGAGGAAGAAGAGACGCAGCUGCAGGCCUCACAGAAGAACACAGAGAUUUAUUAUGACAAUUUAUAAUGAAAUAUGAAAAAUGAUAAACUUUGAUAACUGAAGUCUAGCUCAGUGAUUCUCAGUUUAAGAUUGUAAAUAGCAUUUUUUUUAGUAGAGUAAAAGCAUAAUGCAACAGCCUGAAUGCAACAAGUAUUUGAUAAAUCUGGGAAAAGGGAAAAAAAAUGUACAUUUUCUGCACUUUUAAUUUUAAAAUUUUCAUCAAUUUAUCAAGCAAGUAAAAUAAAGAUGUAAUAAACAGAGGUGCCAAACAAUAAUAAAACAAUCAUCAAGCCCAUGCAACUGUGCCAAAGAUUUAAAAGAUUUCUCUAAUUUUCUGCUGGAGGUGCUGGCUAAUGAUACCAUCUGAGGCUGAAUGGAUAAAGAUGAAGAUCAAACUGUUAAGACUGGAGCUGAUCAGAGGAUGGCUGAUGAAAAAGUGAAGUGGAUUAACCCACUACAAACUGACAGCGAUGGGGAUAUGGAGGAUUGCAUCACAUAAUGACAUCGUGAAUGAACUGAUGGGAGAGAAAGGGGUAUUUUAAAAAGGCAGCAGCAAUAUGAUAGGCUAACAAUGAGGGAGUGGAGCUGUGCUAUUAUUGGAUAGAUGAGACCAGGUGGUUUAAACAGCUGAUGAUUACAUUUCCUGUGUCUACAAGGAAAGCCAGCCAAAAACCCAGAGCACAGCAGGCAUCAAUGACAACAGAAUGACACUGAGGUAGAAUAAAGGA